AUUUGUUAAGCAGCUGCAGAAAAAAAUGUAAGAAAAAAAUGAAUGUAAUGUAAGAAGUUAAAGAUCGAUUGGACAAAGAAACAGAGACGAAAUUGACAGAAAAAGCUGAAGUUUGCAAAGGGUGAAACUGUCACGAUACCAAAAAUAAAAGAGAACGACGGUUAGAAAUGGCGAUAGGGGACAUAAGGUUCACGUGGACCGAAAGGAAAUGUCUCCACCGUUGCCUGAUCAUCGCCAUAGCGGUGAACGGUCUAAUAGGGCUCACCCUGUUCUGCCUGGGGAUGUUUACCUCGUUCUCGAUCGCGGGGAAAUUAAGACUCGACGAGAGGAACCUGUUCCAGCUGGCGUUCAAGACUCUGACGUUGUACGGUCUCUACGUUUUCGUUCACAAUCUGCUGGGCGCGAAGCUGUGCUACAAUUACUUCCAUUACGCCGAAGGGCCCUGGAUGAAUUUGAGAUUGUUCGCGUGGACGAUGCUGGGCCUGUUCGUGGUGCUCGUGGGAUGCUUCAUGGCCAGCAUUUCCGUUUCGACUGCGGAGCACCUGGCGCUACAAAUUCGCGACACUCUCCGGGAAGGCAUGAAAAGGUAUUACACGGACGUGACGUGGAAGCGCAGGAUAGACGACAUGCAGAUUCGCAUGCGAUGCUGCGGGAUAGAUUCCUUCGACGAUUGGCACAAGACGUACUGGCUGCAACGAGACCUCCUCGUGCUGGAUUCGCCGGAUAUCUUGAAGUACGCGGAGCUGGACGGCCGCGUGACGCCGCCGGUGGUGCCUUGGAGUUGCUGUCGAAUGGACGCAAAGGGUCCCUGCUAUCACGAUCCCCUUCAGCUGCCAAAUCCCGAGCAGAACUCCACUUACGAGACCCUGAACGCUCGGGGCUGUCUCGUCGUCGUGAAGACCGCGCUAAACGGUACACUCUACUCCGCCGCGGUGCUGAUCGUGUUUCUGUUUGUGUUCCAGGUCGGCGUGACCGUGCUGUCGAGACUCGACUUUACUGCUGCGAGAAACGCUGUCGCGUUGGGGAAUCGCUGGAGAGGUGCACCGGGUUGGCUCUAUGGUCGUCUCGAUUUUGGGAACGCCAGCGGACCUAAUCUCUGCCAGAUCGAUCGGAAGAACAGUGGACGCGGAGACUCGUUGAUCGACCUCAGACCACUUGUUUAUUCCAGCGACACGGAUUGA